AGCUAAUUUGGAACCUUCUUGAAAUCAGUUGAUGCUUUUUGUCUAAAAAUUUGAGUGGUGCUCUUCAAUUCAUACCAUUCUGAUAUGUGUCUUUGCUGUGACAGGCCUAGAAAAGCUCGGAAUUUUAGAUCAGAGGUGAAGAGAAUUCGCGCCGGAAGAUGAAGUAUAUGAAGCUUGGAUCUAAGCCUGAUCAGUUUCAGACUGAAGGAGAUAGUAUCAGGUAUGUAGCAGCUGAAUUGGCUACUGACAUGGUUAUCAAUGUUGGAGAUGUGAAAUUUUACCUCCACAAGUUCCCACUUCUGUUGAAGAGUUAUCGCUUGCAGAAACUGAUUGCUUGUACAAACGAGGAAAAUAGUGAUGAAAUCAACAUCCAUGAUAUACCUGGUGGACCUGCUGCUUUUGAAGUAUGCGCAAAGUUCUGUUAUAAUAUGACAGUAACUUUGAAUGCAUAUAAUGUCGUUGCAGCUCGUUGUGCAGCAGAGUACUUGGAAAUGUAUGAGUCAGUUGAGAAGGGAAAUCUUAUCUACAAGAUUGAAGUUUUUCUUACGUCUAGCAUCUUCCGGAGCUGGAAAGACUCCAUCAUUGUUCUUCAGACCACAAAAGCUUUUCUUCCCUGGUCCGAGGAAUUAAAAAUCGUUAGUCAUUGCCUGGAAUCUGUAGCUUCUAAAGCUUCUGUAGACACCUUAAAGGUGGACUGGUCUUACACUUAUAACCAUAAAGAGCUUCCAUCCGAAAACGGAAGUGAUCUGCACUGUAACGCGGUGAGCUGGCAACAACUUGUUCCAAUAGACUGGUGGGUUGAGGACCUUUGUGAGCUUCAUAUUGAUUUGUAUAAAAGGGUCAUAGUAACAAUAAAAACAAAAGGAAGGAUUUCUUCAGAAGCAAUAGGUGAAGCAUUGAAAGCAUAUGCCAACCGGAGGCUCCCGGGAUUCAGCAAGGGCAGUAUACAAGGAAGUGAUCCUGAAAAGUAUCGGUACAUGGUUGAUACGAUUACUUGGUUGUUGCCCAAAGAGAAGAACAGUGUUUCCUGCAGUUUCUUGAUCAAAUUGCUGCAAACAUCUAUUGCAUUUGAAUGUGGACAAACGACGAGAAGUGAACUGAAGAGGAGGAUUGGCCUGCAUAUGGAAGAUGCAACAGUAGGUGACUUACUAAUUCGAGCUCCAGAUAGUGAGACUAUUAUAUUCGAUAUUGACAUAGUACACAACCUCGUAGAGAAUUUCAUGUUGCAUCAAAAGAGCGGUCAGAUUGAUAGUUCUGCAGAUAAUAGAUUCCACGAUAUAUGCCCCGCGUUUGCAUCAGAUGCUUCCGAAGUAAAGGUGGCUAGGGUAAUCGAUAGAUACCUUGCUGAAGUUGCUAGAGAUCCAAAUCUACCACUAUCGAAGUUUAUCAAUCUUGCAGAAUUGGUCUCUAGCUUCUCUAGACCUUCCCAUGAUGGAAUUUACCGUGCUAUUGACAUGUAUCUUAAGGAACAUCCUGGGAUAACCAAAAGCGAGAGAAAAAGAAUUUGUAGGCUAAUGGACUGCAGGAAGCUAUCAGCUGAGGCCUGCAUGCAUGCUGUGCAGAAUGAGCGCCUUCCUUUACGAGUAGUUGUACAAGUUCUGUUCUUUGAGCAACUCAGAGCCACAGCAUCAUCCGGUGGUGGCAGCACUCCUGACCUGACUAGAUCGGUCAAGUCUUUGCUCCCGGUGGGAUCUCAGAGGUGCUCCACAUCUGCUACAUCCAACAUUGAGGACAAUUCGGAUGCUAUGCUCACAGCCAAGGAACUUAAAGCUCUGAAAGGUGAGCUUGCUACUCUAAGAUUGAGAGACAGAGGAGAUAACAAUUGUAGUAACUUGAAUGACACAAAAACAAAUGCUGCAACGGUUGACGAUAGCAAAGUGAGGAGUUCAAUCAUGUCCAAAAAGAUGCUCUCAAAACUAUGGUCAAAUAAAGAUAGACAAACUGAGAAUAGCAGCUCAGAUACAUCAGAAAGCCCAUCAUCUUCUAAUGCAGGGGAAACAAAGUCUACCUCAUGUAGAAGUGGGAGGCAUUCUCUCUCUUAGUAUUAGCUGAAAAGUAGCCACGAGCUCAAAACCGACCACAGACCAGUGCCCGAUAUUGAAGAGGAGAAGGGUAGAGGGACGUGUCCAUUUGAGCCGUGUGCUCGCUGGGAGAUUUCUCGUUUAUAUAAGAAGAAAACACAGCUGCAGAGUGAACAUAUUUUCCCUCAUCAUGUAAACUAUUGCACUCCCUGUUGACUCUAGGCUAAUCCACUUAGAGAAAGUAUAGAUUAGAGCAAAGGAAAGUUUUUGUAGAAGGAAACAAGUUCUAUGGUAGCUUUCAAAUUCUUUCCCUAAAAGUUUUCUUUCUCUGUUAAUAAGUGGCUCCCAUACACCAAUUGUAUCAUAUUCUUGACAAUAAAACUCUCUACUAUUAUC